UUUUAUAUUUUUUUUUCUCCCAAGUUCUCUUGCCUCGCUAUCCCCCCUUGAAUCCGAAGGCGCCUCGCGAUUGGGUGCUGGGGCCGGGUACGUCAGUCAGACUGUGACGUGCAGUCUUCCUGUUUCCUUCAGCUGUGUCUUAAAGUAAAUCUUGUUGUGGAGCGGAGCCCUCAGCUGAGGGAGCGCUCUGAAAUAAUACACCAUUGCAGCCGGGGAAGCGCAGCGGCGCAAAAGAGCUCUCGCCGGGCCGCCCGCUCCCUCUCCGCUCGGCUCCUCUCCGCCGCUCCUCUCUUCUUGGCUCCUUUCUCUCCUCUCUUCUCUCCGCUCCUCCUUGCUCUCCUCUGCCUCCUCUUCUUCCCUCUCCUCUCCUCUCCUCUCCUCUCCUCUCCUCUCCUUUCCUCUCCUCUCCUCUCCUCUCCUCUCCCCUCCCACCCUUCCCUCUGUCCCCUCUCCCUCGCCCGCUCGCCCCGCUCGCUCGCUCGCUCGCUCGCGCACACUCACCGGCCCCGGUCCAAUUAUCACAUUCAUCACCCGCAAGCCACCGCCGCGUGGGUGCGCGCGCGUGUUCUCCUCUCCCUGCCGGCAAAACCACGCUCGGUCCCACUGCCCUCUGCACCCGCGAGAAAAUGGUGUUAUUUAAAUGAAUCAUAAUAAAAUAGCCUCUAAACAGUUUCUAAGCAGGAGCCUCCGUGGAACUCAGCGCUCCGCUCCUCCCAGUUCCUAAGAGGUCCCGGGAUUCUUGAGCUGUGCCCAGCUGACGAGCUUUUGAAGAUGGCACAAUAACUGUCCAGUGAUGCCUGACCAUGACAGCACAGCCCUCUUAAGCCGGCAAACCAAGAGGAGAAGAGUUGACAUUGGAGUGAAAAGGACGGUAGGGACAGCAUCUGCAUUUUUCGCUAAGGCGAGAGCAACGUUUUUUAGUGCCAUGAAUCCCCAAGGUUCUGAGCAGGAUGUUGAGUAUUCAGUGGUGCAGCACGCAGAUGGGGAAAAGUCAAACGUACUCCGCAAGCUGCUGAAGAGGGCGAACUCGUACGAAGAUGCCAUGAUGCCUUUUCCAGGAGCAACCAUAAUUUCCCAGCUGUUGAAAAAUAACAUGAACAAAAAUGGUGGCACGGAGCCCAGUUUCCAAGCCAGCGGUCUCUCUAGUGCAGGCUCCGAAGUACAUCAGGAGGAUACAUGCAGCAACUCUUCAAGAGACAGCCCCCCAGAGUGUCUUUCCCCUUUUGGCAGGCCUACUAUGAGCCAGUUUGAUAUGGAUCGCUUAUGUGAUGAGCACCUGAGAGCGAAGCGCGCCCGGGUUGAGAAUAUCAUUCGGGGUAUGAGCCAUUCCCCCAGUGUGGCGUUAAGGGGCAAUGAAAAUGAAAGAGAGAUGGCCCCGCAGUCUGUGAGUCCCCGAGAAAGUUACAGGGAAAACAAACGCAAGCAGAAGCUGCCCCAGCAGCAGCAACAGAGUUUCCAGCAGCUGGUUUCCGCCCGCAAAGAACAGAAGCGAGAGGAGCGCCGACAGCUGAAGCAGCAGCUGGAGGACAUGCAGAAACAGCUGCGCCAGCUGCAGGAGAAGUUCUACCAAAUCUACGACAGCACCGAUUCCGAAAAUGAUGAAGAUGGGAACCUGUCUGAAGACAGCAUGCGCUCGGAGAUCCUGGACGCCAGGGCCCAGGACUCCGUGGGGCGGUCAGAUAACGAGAUGUGCGAGCUAGACCCGGGACAGUUCAUUGACCGAGCCCGAGCCCUGAUCAGGGAGCAGGAGCUGGUGGAAAACAAGCCCAAACGAGAAGGCAGCAACAAAGAAAGAGAUCACGGGCCGAACUCCUUACAACCAGAAGGCAAACAUUUGGCCGAGACCCUGAAGCAGGAACUGAACACGGCCAUGUCGCAAGUUGUGGACACUGUGGUCAAAGUCUUUUCGGCCAAACCCUCCCGCCAGGUUCCUCAGGUCUUCCCGCCUCUCCAGAUCCCCCAGGCCAGAUUCGCCGUCAACGGGGAGAACCACAAUUUCCACACCGCCAACCAGCGCCUGCAGUGCUUUGGCGACGUCAUCAUUCCGAACCCCCUGGACACCUUUGGCAACGUGCAGAUGCCCAGUUCCACAGACCAGACAGAAGCAUUGCCCCUGGUGGUCCGCAAAAACUCCUCCGACCAGGCCGCCUCCGGCCCCCCCGCCGGCGGCCACCACCAGCCCCUGCACCAGUCGCCUCUCUCCGCCACCGCGGGCUUCACCACGUCCACCUUCCGCCAUCCCUUUCCCCUUCCCCUGAUGGCCUACCCAUUUCAGAGUCCCUUAGGUGCUCCCUCCGGCUCCUUCUCGGGAAAAGACAGAGCCUCUCCUGAAUCCUUAGACUUAACUAGGGAGACCACGAGUCUGAGGACCAAGAUGUCAUCCCACCACCUGAGCCACCAUCCUUGUUCACCAGCACACCCACCCAGCACCGCAGAAGGGCUCUCCCUGUCGCUCAUCAAGUCCGAGUGUGGCGAUCUUCAAGACAUGUCCGAAAUCUCACCUUACUCGGGAAGUGCAAUGCAGGAAGGAUUGUCACCCAAUCACUUGAAAAAAGCAAAGCUCAUGUUCUUUUAUACUCGUUACCCCAGCUCAAAUAUGCUGAAGACCUACUUCUCCGAUGUGAAGUUCAACAGAUGCAUUACCUCUCAGCUCAUCAAGUGGUUUAGCAAUUUCCGUGAGUUUUACUACAUUCAGAUGGAGAAGUACGCACGUCAAGCCAUCAACGAUGGAGUCACCAGUACCGAAGAGCUGUCUAUAACCAGAGACUGUGAGCUGUACAGGGCUCUGAACAUGCACUACAAUAAAGCAAAUGACUUUGAGGUUCCAGAGAGAUUCCUGGAAGUUGCGCAGAUCACAUUACGAGAGUUUUUCAAUGCCAUUAUCGCAGGCAAAGAUGUUGAUCCUUCCUGGAAGAAGGCCAUAUACAAGGUCAUCUGCAAGCUGGAUAGUGAAGUCCCUGAGAUUUUCAAAUCCCCGAACUGCCUACAAGAGCUGCUUCAUGAGUAGAAAUUUCAACAACUCUUUUCGAAUGUAUGAAUAGUAGCAGUCCCCUUUGGAUGUCCAAGUUGUACGUGUCUAGAUUUUGAUUUCCUAUGGAUGUGUAUGGGAGGCAUGGAUAUGUUUUGAAAUCAGCUGGUAGCUCCUCCUCAUCAUCUUUCGCUCCUUUUCUCUUGUUUUCCAUUGCAAGGGGAUGGUUAUUUUCCUUCGGUCUUUAGUUUACUUUUGCCCGAGGCCCUUAACAUUUGGAGACUUUAAAAUAGGGUUAAUUUUCAGGGAAAAAGAAUGUUGACGUGUGGAAAAUCUCUAUUCGCAAGGAAAGGCAUUUUAAAGAUGCUUCUGCUUGAUCGAUGGUUUAUCACAAAUGGCAGUUGGCAGAGGGAGACCCGGGACACGGCGCCGUUCCACAGACGGUGACGUGUCUCUUGUUUUUACUGCUAAGAAGGCCAGAAAACUCAAUGAAACCACUACGUAAUCUUAAAUAUUUUGUUUGGUUUGAACUCCGUUAAGUUGCUUUGUGUUCCGUGUUUAAAAAUAAUGCCAGUGGCAGAUGGACAGCUCACUUUUAAAAGUUACCCCAAAAGGCCAAAUUCCAGAAAGAAAAAUAGUCACUGUCAAGCCUCUCCGUAAGAGAAACGGCAAGUAGCCCAAACAAGUGUACCCGUUUCUUACGGAGGCAAAGCAAUUCUACACAAAACUGACUCUUUCGAGAUGAGGCUGGAAAAUUCGUACCCGCUCUUCAAAUUACCUCUCUAGAUUUUACAAUCAGUUCUUCGUAAUAAGUGAGUAUAGAUCAUUUUUCGUAGAGAAAAACCCCUUUCACAUCAUUUUCUAUUAUCUCACUUUGGGUAUUAAAAGGCACAUACGUUUCAAAUGUACUCUUUGCUCAACUCUGUUUAUAUGCUUCAACGAGUUAUUAUGUCUGUUUAAUAUUUAACACUUUUUUUUUCAAAAAAAAAAAAAACCCACUAUUUUCUGAAUACCUUUCUCUAGUAAGGAAUAAAGGACAUCCCAAGUUGACCAUAAAAUUCCUGCCUACAUUAGACGCUUGUUGACAGCAGUUAGCUGACUUGAUCUUCACCUCCGAAGAGGAGCAGUGUAAGGAUGCCCUCUUUUCGUAUACGAUCCCACACUACCCUGAUGGAUAUUCGAAGUGGUGACAGUCUAAUUAAGUGUUUCUUCAUUUUAGGUACAGCAUUUUAAAGCAACUGAUAAAGUCUCUUCGAAUUCAGAAGCUAGUACUGACCAAAACGUGUAAACAAUGUACAGGCAGCAUAGAAGAGGUUGGGGUUAACCCAAAAGACACAGUUCCAGCACACAUAAGAAAGCUGGCUGCUAUUUUAUGCUUUCUUCAAUGGUUCUCCUCUUCUUCCUUAUUUUCUCUUUUUCCAGUUUUUCCAAAGCGUACAGUGUCCCAUACUUGCUUUUAAAAACUCAUAUGGCAUUCACGCUUGUUUUCUCAGAUGGGUUUUGUGCGCAGAUGCAGUAAGAAUUCCUUGUUCAUCCUAAUAGGCUUUUCCAGACCCCCCUCCCUCCCCUUAGGUCAUUUGAUCUACACUUAAAAUGACACAGGAACAAACCUGGUAUUUAGAUUAUACCAAACACAAAUACCAUUUUCCCUUAAUUUUCAUAAAAGUUACAUUUGACUCUGGAGAAUGCAGAUUGACCCAUGUGACUAACUAGCUGACCCAAUCGCUGUAAUUUACCAUCAUUUAUAAAUUCUGCUGAUGGACAGGAAUGUAUGGAGGCAAUUAUUGUCAGCACAAAGCCUUAAAACCUGCUGACUUUAAAUUAAAUGGCACAGUCCUAUGAUGCCCUGCAUCAUUCAGGAGGCUAACGGGCUCUUGCAGUGUGGACAGAGUGCAGCGACGCAGGCUGGAACACCACCAGCUUCUCUCUGCACCCCCAACCAAAUGCAUCAUCCAGCUUGUGCUCCUCUAUGUAGCACACACAGGGCCAGCAGAUCCAGUUUGUUCUUGUUCCGGCUUGCUUGCGGAAAAAAAAAAAAGUUCGGAUAAUCAUUACAUUGGAAAAAAUGCAAACCAAAAAAAAAAAAAAAAAAUCCAAUCAGCACAAAGUAGGGAAGCAAUCUCAACUUGUGGUCACACUCUUUUGCCUUGCUUCACGUCAAAGAGUAGGAAUUCAUUGUUCACGUCAUUAUACCACUGGGUCUUUGCUGUUCCAUGUAAUUCAUAUCAACAUCGUGUUGCCAUUUGCAAGGUAGAAGGCAAAACCGUAGUGCGUUCACCUAUGUAGACAGACUGCUAGUAUCUUCUGAUCUGGGGCAAAUUCAGUAAUGAUUCCAGGCUCAUUUGGAUCUUUAGUAUUAUUUUCCCCUGCCUUUCUAAUUUAAGUAGACAAAUUCAGCAAAAGUGUGUGUUCACAACCAAUGUUGAUGUGCUUAUCUAUGAUAAUAUCUGCUCAAGGUUCACUGAGGCAUAGAAAUGAUUUCAGAGUAGAAAUUGCAUGAGGAUAAACUCACCUCUUUGUUCGAUCACUUUUGCUUUUAGGUGGUUUUUCCUCUUUUACGAUCACAAAAUCUUGUGCCUCCCAGUGCAUUGGAAAGUGACAAAAGCCUGUCUCUCAAAACUCCUACUUAAAAAUUCUAGGUUUGGUUGGGUUUUGUUUUGUUUUGUUUUUUAAUCACCAUCUUUCAAAUCUCAGCUCAACUCUCACCAAGUGAAAAUUGGCUACUUGGGAGAAAGUUAACUUUCUAUGAAGGUGGGAGGGACAGUUUACAUAGGAAAAAAGAAGUCUAAAGUGCAUGUUGAAAUACCACAUUACCACUUAUUUUCUGCUAACCCUAAAUUAUUUUUGCAUAUACACUUGAGGUGAUAGUCUGUGCCUAGACCUAAAAUGCACCAGCGGGGGGAUUUUUAAAAAUCCUUCAAAAUACCAGUUUUUUCCCACAAGUACAAUUGUUCUUGUGCCUUCUGUGGCUUUCGAUUUCAUCUUUUUGACUUUAUUUCCAAUUACUACAGCUGCAAUAAACACUAGAUUUUUUUUCUGGCUGUUUGACAUAACGUUGAUAGCUAUGCAUAUUUUGUGUCUUUUUAAAACAAAGCGGGAGAAUACGUUUUUGAAGAAGAGAAUUUUUAGAACAGUUUGAUACCGCAAAUUAUUUUUUCUUCAAUUGUUUGAGCAGCAUUCGAGUUUUGAAAAUUCUUGUAGAAGCCAAUUUUUUGUAACGGUGGUGCAAAUCUUGUGUUUUCUUAGCCUAAUGAAAAGUAGUAUAGAAGCAAUAUUUCAUACCAUGUGCUGUAUAUGUGUGUGCAGGUGUGUGAAACAUGAAGACACAUACACACAUAUACACGCAUGUAAAAAUACACAUAUAUAUAUGCGUGUGAAGUGGAAAGCUUACCUUUUCCUAUCUAGAUUUAAGGACCUAUUUUAGACAUUUGUUAUGUUUUGUGAAAAGAAUGUUCUAUUUGCAACGACAAAACAUUUAAUUCUUACUGUAUCUCUGGCUGUUUAAUGAGGACGUUUCACAUUAAAUGGUAAAACAACGUGGAAGAUGGUAGAAUGUAGUAAUUAUUUAAGGAAGUGUUCACCCACAUAUUCCUGAAGUUUGCUUUGUGCCUCCGAGUAUUAUUUAAUUCAAGUGUUUUAUGUUUGCAGAAUCUUUGUUGCUGUGCUAGGGAUGUGGGUGAAUAUCAUUUUUAAAAAUGUUAAAAACAACAAAAAAAAGGCAAAACAAAAACACUAAAGCAAGAGGGGAACUUUUAUAAAGCAAUGUAAAUAUUUAACCUCAUGGCUGUUGUUACGUAAGACAUGAGAUUUUAAUAAAUAACUACAUUCUCACAACAUCUGUUGAAUUUAUUAGGAACACUAUAGUGACUGUGUAGACAGUUGAAAGCAUUCUUGAAAAUCCUGCUCUCUACUUUUAAAAGAUAACAGUCUCUUUCAUCAGAUGUCAAGGGCAAGGGUAAUGCAGUUUCUGUAAAUUUAUGAAAUUUUUUUUCUAUGUACAUGAAAACACUUCGUAAGUAACCACACACGUGCGCACGCACACACACACACACACACAAACGCAUACAGGUUAAUACUAAGUCAUAAAGCUGAAGAUUUGGGGGCUUUAAAAAUAGGAUGUCCCCCAGAAGCAAUCAUAAAUUUAUCAAAGAAAAAGUGGUUUACAGACUCCCUGAAAGCACUGUACAUGUGAGGAUAGAGCAGAAUCUCUUUGCCAUGUAUAUUAUAGAAUAUUCAUUGGUGUGAAUAGUACAAAUGUUUUCUUCUGGUACAAACUCUGUGUUUGCAAAUUACAAGAAGCAUUGUUUUCAAAAAGCUCCCCUUAAAAGAAUGUAACUGGUUUAUAUGAGUAAGCGGUUACUGCAUUGCACUUAAAUGUUCUGUUGAAGGAAAUGCAGUUUUGUUUUCUGUAGAUCUGUUGGUUGUAAACCAUCUAUAAAACUAAAGCUAAAAUGUUCAUAUUCAGAGCUGGGAUCAAAACUGGUAUUUAACCUUUGCAUCUUCUUAUAAUUAUCCUUCUAAGAAUACAACAGGAUCUGGAAGCGUCUGGACUUUGAGUCUUUCAACUGAGCCCUCUCUCAAAUCUGACACCCUCUAAAAUGCACAAACAUGAGAAGAAAAGAAAAACAGACUGGCCCGUUUUUGUGAAAAUGUAUUCAUUCUGUGUUUUAAAAAUACUCUAAUCCUCCACAUCGGGGGGAAAGCAUUUUCAAACUGUAUAUUACCACUUCAAGAUUAGAAUUAGAAAAACAUAUAUUUGGGGUUGGUCUCAGUGCUACCUACAAGAAUCAAAGGUCAUGGCUUCUCCCGAUGUUGUCCCAGCCACUUCUCAUAUGUAUAUAGUAUAUACCGUGACAAAAACACUGCCUUUAUAUUAUUUAGCAAUAUGUUGUAAAUAGCAUUAUUAAGCUCUUUUUUUGUAAUAAAGACCCUUUGAUUUGAAUAUAGUACAAUAACUGAACUGAUAAAGUCAAUUUUUGAUUUUUUUUUUUUAGCUAGAGGCAAUUUCAAUUGUGGAUUUUUGUUGUUGUCUAUUGUUCUGAAGACUUUGCAUAAUUUAUUGGUUUAAUUUAUCCUAAUUUAUUUGAUGAAGGUGUACAAUUUUGUAUUACCAAGGAUGUACUGUAAUAUUAAUUGAUAUGAUAAAAAAAAUGAGACUCCCUGUCCAUAUUAAAAAGAAAAUAAAAAGGUGCAGUAGACAAUUGAUUUUAAAGUAAAAGUACAAAAAUUUAGUUUGGCAGCUACUAAAUUUUAAAACAGAAAAAAGUUGUUGGGGGGCGGGUGGGUAGGGGGUUUUACUUUGUGUGUUUUAAGCUUUUGUAUACUCUCCAAACUUUUACCUUUUGCUUUGUACCACUUAAAGGAUACAGUAGUCCAAUUGCCUUGUGUGCCUUCCAUCUUCUCUUAAACUGAAUGUAUGUGCAGUAUAUAUGCAAGCUUGUGCAAAAUAAAAUAUACAUUACAAGCUCA